AUGGCACUGUCUGGUCACGUGACGCAUGAUGGCAAACUGGAUCCAGUAGUGGGUGACAAGGCAGGCGCAGAUAAGAGGUACAGGGGGCUCUAUGGGGCAUUUGGGGCGUUGGGGGCGUUUGGGGCGUUGGGAAGUUUAGAAGCUGGAAGAUGUGGUGGUUGA